AUGGAUAAUAAACUCAAUCGAUAUUAUAUAAAAAUUCGAACUAUUUUGGGAAUAGAUCCAAAGACAAUUCAUGAAGAACUUGUAACAGCUUUGGGACCCAAUGCUCCAUCAUAUACAACAGUUACAAGAUGGGCAAAACGUUUUCGUGAAGGAAGAGAAGAAGUCAAUGAUGAUCCUCGAUUUAGUCGUCCAAUAUCCGAACUUACAGAUGAAAAUAUUGAACUGGUUCGAUAA